AUGGUACUUUCUCCUCAAGAUUGGACCAGUCGGAUGGUAGCAAAAGUGUCUCCUUAUCUGAAUCCAGACUGUUCGUCACCCUUAGUUCGUCAGCGUCAUCAAGACUGUUUAAGUGAAGAGCUGAAUUACUGUAAAGGUCUAGGAGUUCCAGCAAUUAUUUUGUCUCUCCAUUGCAGGGAAAGUAACAAUUUAGCUAGAAUUGUUCAGGCACAUUAUGAAAGCAGUCACCAACAAAGUUUGCUUUGGGCUCGAGUACCCUUGGCAUGUAGCAAGAAUAGGAGAGAGAGGGGAAUUUCAGAUAAAGACUCUGAGGAUGAUGAAGAUGAAGCAUUUGAGGAGCCCUGGCAGUGGUGGUCUAAUUUUCAUGAGCGUUUGGAAUGGGAUAAAAGAAUUGGUGUAGUGCUGGAAAUAUCUGCAAACCUUCCAUCUCAAGAUAUAAUUAAGCGCUGGUUAGGAGAACCCAUCAAGGCUAUCAUUGUGCCUACUUCCAUAUUCCAUACAAAUAAAAAAGGGUACCCAGUAUUGUCACGAGCCCACCAACAGUUAGUAGUCAGCAUGGUAGAACAUGAAGCACAAGUGAUUAUUAGUGGAGCCAGAAGGGCCAAUAUAGAGUUCUACUUCCAGUAUCUGUGUAGAAUUUGGAAAAGGCGACCCUAUUUUGGUGAUGACCCUAUGCUGAGUUAUGCAAAAGGAUGGGAAGAUUAUCUUCAACAUCCAUUGCAGCCUCUUGCAGAUAAUUUGGAUACACACACUUAUAAUGUGUUUGAAAAAGAUCCUGUAAAAUAUGACCAGUAUCAAAAAGCUAUAGCUCAAGCUUUAAUUGAUUUGCAAAAAGAAUCAUCAAAAAAGAAUCAAGAUAUUCCUGAAAGAGAUGACAUAGAAAUUGGACAGGGAGAACAUGUGAAAAGAAAAACUAUUACAGUGAUGGUACUAGGCGCUGGCAGAGGACCCCUUGUCAGGGCAACUUUUAAUGCAGCUGAUAUAACAAACACUAAAGUGAAGGUGAUUGCAGUAGAAAAAAAUCCCUGUGCUGUUGUUGUAUUAGCAGCACAGGUCCGAGAGGUAUGGCGAGACCGGGAUGUCGUAGUGAUACCAGGUGACAUGCGAGAAAUCAAUCUAACACCAAAAGCUGAUAUAAUUGUGUCAGAAUUACUAGGUUCAUGGGGAGAUAAUGAACUCUCCCCUGAAUGUUUGGAUGGAGCCGCAGGACUAUUAAAGUCAGGGGGUAUAUCGAUACCCUGUCAGUACAGAUCGUUCUUGGCGCCAAUUUCAUCACCUCGAUUGUGGGCAGCUGCUAAGUCUUCAUCCUCCACUUUUCCACAUAAAAAAAAUGGCAAUUUGGAGACCUUAUGGGUUGUAUACAUGCAGAAUAAACAUGACAUUGCUGAAACAAAGGUGCUGUUCACUUUUGAACAUCCAGCAAAGGGAGCAACAGAUCAUGAAGGUCAAGAAAUGACUGAUUACAGAGGGCUACCAUUGACAGAUAACAGAAGAGAAGCUGUAGUGAAUUGGACAGUUGAGAGAGAUAGUGUUAUGCAUGGCUUUGGAGGAUAUUUUGAUUGCACGCUAUAUGCAAAAGAGGUCAUAAGCAUUGUUCCAUCUACACACAGUCCAGGCAUGAUAUCAUGGUUUCCAGUGUUUAUACCAAUUAAGACCCCACUACGAGUGCACAAAGGCGAAAUAAUUACAGCAAGAUUCUGGCGGUGUGUCAACGCUCGAAGGGUGUGGUAUGAAUGGAUAGUAGAAGUAGGCAACCGAACAACUAAAUUGCAUAAUGUUAAUGGACAAAGUUCAGAAAUGUUUUUGUAG